AUGCAGUUGGGUAAGCGGGCUCGCAUCGCAGCGCUCAGCUACGAGCGCCUUUGCCGGCUUACUGAGCUUCGCUUAGAGGACUUGAACCUGCAGCCGGCGAACUUGGAGCACAUAGCUGGUGCAGUGAUCAUUCCUGACAUCAGCACGAAUGCCUCCGCCGAAGCUGAAGAAGAGCUGGAGGAGCUGGAGCUGGACCUGUUUGCCGACGGCGUCGUCGAAGAUUUGCAGGUGCAGCUUCUGGUGCAGUCACAAUUCAGGCACUAG